AUGUUGGCAUCUGCAUCGUCGUUUGGUAGCGGGUCGGACCAUGGAGGCACGCGACAGCGUCGGCAAGUUGAUAAGAAGAAACCAUCUACAGAAAUAGCAAAGCCGCCGAACGAGAAGUCGAAUAUCGAGAAAAUCAGACGCAGAAAAUACCGUCCGGUCUGGAAACGACUCGCUAAUUUCGGUCUCAAACAUCGCUGGCCAAUCCCAUUGAUUCCCCUCCUCGUACUCAUACUCACAUACCUCCUCAACCCAACAGAGUCAGACAUCGUUCAUCACUUCAUAUUCCUAUCUUACAAGAACAACAACCAAUACGGCAAAGGAUUAAGGGACAUCGCUUUCGUCCUCUUCUACACAAUCGUCCUUUCCUUCACUCGCGAACUCAUCAUGCAUGAAUUCCUGCGCCCAUUAUCCCUCUACUACGGAAUAACAUCAAAACGCAAACAAGACCGUUUCAUGGAACAAAUGUACACAGUCAUCUACUUCGGCCUCAUGGGUCCUUUAGGACUAUACAUUAUGCGCUAUAGCGCCCCUGAAGUAUGGUAUUUCAAUACGUCAGGGAUGUAUGCAUCUUUUCCCCAUCUAACUCUCGACGCAUCUUUCAAAGCAUACUAUCUAUUCCAAGCGGCAUAUUGGGGUCAACAGGCUCUCGUCAUGAUUCUGAGGUUGGAGAAGCCGAGAAAGGAUUUCAAGGAGCUUGUGAUACAUCAUGUUGUUACGUUGGCGUUGAUCGCGUUGAGUUAUCGGUUUCAUUUUACACGUAUAGGGAUUGCGGUUUAUGUUACGCAUGAUAUUAGUGACUUUUUUCUUGCUAUUAGCAAAUCUCUGCACUACACAAACAGUCCCCUUGUCGCACCGGCGUUUGGUAUCUGCAUAAUCGUCUGGGUAUACCUACGGCACUACCUUAACCUACGAAUUUUGAUCUCUCUCCUUCCUGGCGGCGCAUUCCAGACUGUGGGACCGUACGAACUCAACUGGGAGAUGGAGCAGUAUAAAUGUUGGAUAUCGAAUGUCAUUACUUUUGGGUUGUUGGCGUGUUUACAGGCGUUGAAUCUCUUUUGGUUGUAUUGUUUGGGGAGAAGUGCGUAUCGGUUUGUCGUGCAUAGGGUUGCGAGGGAUGAUAGGUCCGAGGAUGAGGAUGAAGUUGGAUAUGGGGAUCAUUGA